AUGGCUCAAGUUUGUGUCCUUGAGACAACCGUGCAACUCAAAUCAUGUCCUCAAAAGUUCUAUAACUUCCUCAAGAGCCAAAGCCAACAGAUUCCAAAUAAAGCACAGAGUGAAAACGUGCAUGGUGUUGAGAUUCACAAAGGCGAUUGGAACACCCCUGGCUCUAUCAAGAUUUGGAAGUUCAGCAUAGAAGGAAAGGAGGAGAUAUUUAAGGAAAAGAUUGAAGUAGAUGAAGUGAACAAAACUAUAACAUAUGUUGCUGCUGGAGGGAAUGUGUUGGAGUUGUACAAAAACUACAAAGCUAUUGUGAAAGUUGAGAAUCAAAUUUUAAUGUUGAGAAUAGAAUAUGAGAAUAUUAAUGAUGAUACCCCACCUCCAAAGAAAUACCAGCAGUUUAUCAUGAAUAUUGUUAGAGAUCUUGAUGGAAACUUAGUUAAAGCUCGUUAA